AUGGACAUAUACAUCACACAAAACUUCCAAAUACCAGCAGCAACCUUCUCCAUAUUCACGAUCAUUUCCUUGGUUUCUUGGUUAUUGGUACACGGCCGCAUACUCAUUCCAUUCGCAUCUUAUAUUCUAGGAAAGCCUGCACGGUUAAGCCCCAUCACUACGAUGGGACUAGGGAUAUUCUUGUCAUUUUUAUCCAUGGUUGUAGCAGCUUAUGUAGAGGGUGUGAGGCGAUCUAUUGCAAUAAGAGAAGGGCUUGUGGAUAAUCCGAAAGGUAUGGUUCCAAUGUCGGUGUUUUGGCUAGUGCCUCAUUACAUGUUGAUGGGUGUGGCGGAGGCACUGAAUAUGGUUGCUCAAACGGAGCUGUAUAUUUGUGAGUUGCCUAAGGGUUUGGCUAGCAUUGCGACUAAUCUCUCGACCAUUUCCAUUGGCUUAGGUGGAGUAUUAGCUAGUUUUAUAAUGACUACCAUUGAUGGGAUUACCAAAAGAGGAGGAAAUGAGAGUUGGGUCUCUAGUAAUAUUAACAAAGGUCACUAUGUCUAUGAUUACUAUCAUUGGGUUCUUGCUGGCCUAGUUUGGUUAAUGUUUUAUAUUUUAUGGUUUGUAGUAGGCAUUAUUAUGCCUCUACAAGAAUGA